AUGUCGGAACCCAACCUCCCAAGAGUUAUUGACUUUACGGGGGUGGUGAGAGACCACCUAGACUGGUAUAACUCAUAUCUUCCAGCCCCCGAGAACUUGUUCAGGCUUGAUAGACAUGCCUUCCGUCGGUAUAGAGAGUCACAACACACAGUGAAUGACUAUCAGAUUUUCUCGACGGACAUGGCGUGCUACAUCAAUGUGAGGCGAGAAUAUGAGCAGGAGUUUCAGACUAUCGCUUGUACGGACCACACAAGGCUGAGAUUUAGCAUCCGUGGAGGCGCCGAGUUGCCACAUUUCUGCUUGGAACUACAGCUCAUAGAUUCUAAUCCGGGAAACAAGCAGAGGUCGUUCACCAUCAUCUGGACCGCCUUCGGGAACAAGGGUUUCGACGUAGACCGUCCCGUUAACAGACCAAAUCAGAAUCCUCGACAAGGUAGCAUCCAUACUUUCUCAAGCAGACUGCAGGGGGUACAGUUUUUAUGGACCACUCUCUCCACAGGCGAAGCAGCCAGGUGCCGCGGAACACCCAAUGCCGACAAUUAUACCAUAACCUGGAGCCACAGUGAGGUGCCGUAUGGCAUGGGAUUUGACUUAUCUGUCGAUGCUCUGGCAUCUUUUCCCUCUGACCAAAACCAAGCUGUGGGCAUCUUCCGUCAGCUUCUGUCGGGUAAUAUGCAGGUCAGAGUAAUUACCCGGGCACGAGGAAAUCUACUAGAGAAUUGGAAAUUCUUGGCAGCGAUGCCAAUGCCAACACUAGGGCCAUUUCCCCUCUAUGACUGCAGAUAUAUCUCGGGGGGAACUUGGUGCAGGAUUGACACUUUGCCCGCCAUCUCUGAUGAGGCUCUUAUCAAUCAUAUUGGAGUCCGUCAACGUGGCUGGAUGAACAACCCCCCAUCCUUUGUUACUCCUGCUGUACUUGGUAACUUGAUUCCCGCCAUUUAUCACUUCAUAAAUGAACGCCAUUAUGAGGUUAUCAAAACCGUCGGGCUGCUAAGAGAGGCCGAAUAUCAGCGCACGACCUACUGCAACACAUUCAAUGGAAGCUACACAUUUAGUCUGUACCCACUGUCUACCGUUCAUGGAGUGCACACCCAGGGUGUAGACAAGUAUUUCUAUGCCAUAUUGGAUGUCACAACAGUGAGGCUCCCAUCGGACGUUUUCGUCGAAAACGAAUCAGCCCUCCCUGAGCCUGGUACCCGAGUGACUGUGAGCCAACAAGCUAGCGAUGGGAAUUCGAAGGAAACAUGGCUGGGUACGGUUAUCAAGCUCCCGAGCUUUCCCUCACAUAUUAGAAUACCAUCAAGCCUUGUCGCUAUUCGCUUGAAGAGGUCUGACCAGACUCCGACAGGUGGUCACGUUCUGGAGGUGUCUGGUGUCGUGAAAUUCGGUAAUGAGCAGUCCGCGAUCAGACAAGCAAGACAGGCCAUCAGAUACGUCCUGUAUGGGGAUCAUAAUUUGAAGAUCCCAAAGCAUAAUUAUCUACGGGAGUUGCUUCUAGCUCACAAUAACCGAACGAUAAAAGACGAAUUGCCUGUGCCGGCCCCCGCAGCUGCUCAAAAUUAUCUCGACUCGAUCCGUACAACUCUCAAUGACCAACAGAUAGCGGCCGUUCAAGAAGGAACAACUCCUUCUACCUGCUAUAAAAACUAUGUCACUUUAAUUACCGGUCCUCCUGGUACCGGAAAGACCAGUGUAUCUGCACACAUUGCGGCAUUUCACCGAAAGUGGCGGAAUCCGAUGUUGAUUGUUUGCGGAUCGAAUUAUGGUUUAGAUGAAAUCACUCGGAAAAUACUCAAACUAUUUACGAAGGAUAACCUGGGAACCGAGGGAAUCUUUCGUUUGGACACUGAACUUGGGGAAGACGUUGAUAACCAGAUGGCGCCCGAAAUGGCCCACACGACGACGGAGACCCAGAGGAAUUUUGAUUCUACGAGACAAAGCUUGCGGAAUGCCGGUAUAGACCCGAAAUUCUUGGAGCUCCUACGCUUCAGCGUGGAGACAGCAACUGCUGAAACAGACAAGAAGCUUACGAAGCAGGUAUCAUUGGGGCAACAUAUUCUUCGUCGAGUAGAGCUCGCCGUUCAGUUGAAAUCCGAAUGGCCUCAAGGAACAGAAAUGGAGAAGUCCGAGAUGGCUCUCAUCUGGAACUUGUUGACCUAUCAAAUCUCUUUGGCGCGCCGCGGAUCAUUAUUCGCCGAAUCAAUGAACGCGGAACUAACAUUACGUGGCCCAUCGGAGCUAUUUGACGAUCCGGAGAGCCCUGAAGAUGUGCUAAGGUCUCUCGUGACCUCCUAUAAAAGAGCAUGGCUUGAAAUCCAGCAAUUCUACUUGGAGCAGGCCAGCAUUGUUCUCUGUACGGCUUCAACGGCCGGACGAAAGGCUCUGAGACGCUUCUGCCCAAAAAUAAUCAUAGUUGAGGAGGCAACACAAAUAAGUGAGGGCACUGCCAUAAGCCCGCUUAUUCGUUUUUACCCGUCAGUCAAGAAGGUUAUUCUGAGCGGAGACGUCGCCCAACUCCCGCCCACAGUCACAUCAGUCUCACGGAAUGAGGCCUACAACUCCGAGCGUCUUUCUCUCUUUGAGCGGCUCCUUGCCACUGGAGUCCGUCAAAUACUUCUAGCCAGGCAAUACCGGAUGCACCCGUCAAUCGCAAGGUUUGUGAGUGAAAGCUUUUAUGAGGGAAACCUCAUCAACGAUGAGUCGGCUUCACGUCAGACACCAGAAAUGGAUCAGUUCAUGACGCGGAGAUACGAUGUUGCCCCUGGGAGGUCACAUUUCGUUUCUGUCAAGGACUCUGAGGUCUGGAGGCUUCGGAAUGGGACGUCCAUGUUCAACCCCAAGUACAUAUCGGCAGUUACGAAAUUUGUGAGAGAUUUGUGCGCGGCCAAGUGCCCGCCUGAAGAUAUCCUGGUGCUGUCGUACUACGCGGAGGAACGGAAUCUCUUGAAGAAACUUCUCCAUGAUGAAUUCCGCCUCAGUGGCGUCGAUGUUAUGAGCGUAGAUGCUGCGCAGGGGCGUGAGAAGCCCAUUGUGAUAGUUUCGACAACUCGCCCAGGACGCGGAAAUAAGCUUGGUCAUGUUGCGGACGCACACCGGAUGUGUGUGGCCCUUAGUCGAGCACAAGGCGGGCUGAUCGUGAUCGGGGAUGAAGGCAUGGGGGGCAGCGCGAACUCUCGGGCGUUCCAAUUGUGGAGGAAUUUUAUCAACCUCCACAAGAGGGAGAAGCGAGUGAUUUACCUGAACAGUCCCGAGGACGUUCUUUGGAAGAUUUUAAGAGUUCCCAAUAAUGAGGGUUUUGAAAAAUUGCAGUGA